UGGAACGAACGAAGGGGAAAUGGAUGAACUGGCCCAGGUAGUAGUCAGUAGGCGUCCAGGAAAAGUAUACAGUUUGAGGGCGAGUAAGAUCUAAGACUUGAAAUCUUUUUUCACAUAGCUGAUUACUAGACAAGGUCGGAGGGCUCCGAGGAGGAAGAGCAGGUCUAGAUGGGGAAAUCUAAGUUUGGGGAAGGAAUGAUUCUGGUUCUUUUUUUUUUUUUUAAGAUUUGUUUUUUUAUUUUUAUUAAUGUAUGGCUAUGUGCGUGUGCCUGUGCAGGCCAGAAGAGGGCGUUGAACCCGCUGCCCCUGGAGUUAGAGGUAGUCGUGAGCUGUCCAACAUGGACGCUAGGAACUGUGUUUGGGUCCUCUGGGAGAGCAGCAAGUGCUCUUAAUUGUUGCUCCAGCCCUCCGACGACUCCAGUUCUUACGAGGACUCGGGCUCACUCAUUUAUUGAUUACAAUGCUGGAUCAGGAACUCUUCUGGGUUUUGGAAACACAGCUGCAGAUCCUGGAAAGGAGAAAACAAAUAAAACCACCAGAUACAAAGUUCACUGCAAAAACAGUUCCAGCCAGGCGGUGGUGGCGCACGCCUUUAAUCCCAGCACUCGGGAGGCAGAGCCAGGCGGAUCUCUGUGAGUUUGAGGCCAGCCUGGUCUACAGAGCGAGUUCCAGGACAGGAGCAAAGCUACACAGAGAAACCCUGUCUCGAAAAAACAAACAAACAAACAAAAAACAGUUCCAGAAGAGAGAGGAGAUUGGCUCUUUUGUCGAGAUUUGCUAAAGCUGAUUUUCUUUCAUCCUUUCUUUUCUCUCUUUUUAAAGCUUUUGAGACAGGUAUUGCUAUGUAACUCAGGCUAGCCUGGAAUCACAAUUCUCCUGUUUCAUCCUCAAGAGUGCUGGGAUUACAGACAUGUAUCACUACAUCUGAUGGGGAGGGCAGCUUUUCUUCUGUUUUUAAAUUUUAUUUUAUUUUAUUUUUAUUUAUUUAUUUUUUAAUGUGUGAGUGCUCUGCGUGUAUACCUGCAUGCCAGAAGAGGGCAUCAGAUCCUGUUAUAGAUGACUGUGAGUCAACAUGUGGUGCUGGGAAUUGAACUCAGGACCUCUGAAAGAGCAGCCAGUGCUCUUAACCGCUGAGCCAUCUCUCCAGCCUCUUUCUAAAUUUUUUUAUUAAAACAUUGUCAUGUGGGGUGGUGGUGUCGAACGCUUUGCCUUUAAUCCCAGCACUCGGGAGGCAGGGGCAUGUGGGUCUCCAGGUUUGAGGCCAGCCUGGUCUACAGAGUUCCAAGACAGCCAGGGCUACACAAAACAACAACAACAACAACCAAAAAAGAACACCAAAAACAUUUUCAUGUAUUUUGAUCAUGUUUUUAUCCUCCUCCAACUCUUCUCGGACCCUCUCCACUUCCCUACUCACUCAGCACACUGAACUUCUCUCUCUCUCUCUCUCUCUCUCUCUCUCUCUCUCUCUCUCUCUCUCUCUCUGUGUGUGUGUGUGUGUGUGUGUGUAGGGCAUUUUUUUCUAAAUUUUUUAGGAAAAUGAGAAAGUGACCCAUGCUACUAUAUGUGAGUGGUACCUCUUUACACAAUGGUCAAUUCAGUUUAAGGUACCUAUUAAAUAUUAAAGAUAUCUUGGAAGGUCAAGUAUGUUGGCUUAACCAUGACCCAGGACUAGAGAGGUUGAGACAGGAAGACUGUGAGUUGAAGGUUAGCAUGGUCUACAUAGGGAGACUCUAUCUUAAACAAAAUGAUGUAUGUAUUAGAAGUCGCUAUAGUGAUCUAAAGUUAAUGGAAGGACGAGGGACAUAGGCCAGUAGGAGAGGACAUACUCAGUGUUUACAAGGCUCUGGGUUUGAUCCCCUUCAUCAAAGCAAAACCAGAAACCACAAAAUUGGAUGGGAUCAUAGGAUUCUAGGGUGUGAGUAUAAAUGGAAGAGAGAAGUUACCAUAGACAAGUCUUGGGGUGUUAACAGUGUUAAGAGGUUGGGAAGACAAAGAAGAAACAGCCAGUGAUGUGGGAGGCAAACUAACUCCUAGUGUAUUUGGAAAGGGAAAUGGGCAUUAUGGUCCCAGGAUAAAAGAAUCCACUGCACCAGGUGCUAUAGAUCAAUAUGAUGAUCAUUAGUGAACUUGAUCAGCUCAGUUUAAUGGAGAGCAGGACAAAUGCAUAAUCAAUGUGAGUGAACUUAGGAGAGAACAGGAAAGAAGUGGGAGAUGGUGUGCAUGACUCGGGGUAUUGUGCUACAACACAGAUCAGCUGGAGGGUGUUGUGUGUGGAUUCAUGUAGAGGUUUUGUUUUGUUUUUAAGAUGGAGGAAUAACAGCAUUUAUUUAUGCUGAUGGACAGAACCCGGUGGAGAGGAAGCCUGGUGAUGUAGGAUCAAGGAGGAAUGUUGGAGUUGAGUCCCUGACCAGGCAAGGGAGGUCAGAGGCUGGCGUCUCCAGUCAGUGUCUGGGGAGAGACUGGAUUGCACUGAGCCCUGGCACAGAGUCAGGGAGGUCAACAGUGUGGGAAGUUGGAACGACCGAGCUGGAUGUAACCCUCAGGACAGAAUGGUGCUGGAUUCAGGGGCUCAGGUGUAUGAGCAGGCACCCCCCAGCCCACCUGCUAGCCCCUCAUCUCAGCGCCAUAGGUUGAAGCCCUCAAACCGAAAUGGGCCACCCUUGUACCCCUGGCCUCAGUCCCUGGCUAUGCCUUUGGCUCUGGCAGUUCCCUCAUCACUACAGUCUCAGCCUAUGUGGCAGACCUUCUCAAAGCUGCACUUGGGAAACCGUAGCCACAUGCGUCGCAGUGAGAGCACCUACAGUGUAAAUAGUACUGGCCAGCGGGGGCGAGGCAAAGCGCCCCUUGGACGGGGAUGUGAUCCAGGUGGAGGGACCCUACGGCCUGCGGCCUCCUUACCUCACAUUGCUAAGACUCGAAAGUGUGUAGGCAAUGGUAGCAACAAGAGCCCCUGCAUGUUAGUGGCCCUGCGGCCAACCAACAUGGACCAGGAACGGGAGAAAUUCUUCCAGUCCCAUUACACCUACAAUCCACAGUUCGAGUACCAGGAACCGAUGCCAAUGAGUGUGCUGGAGAAGUACCAGGAGGCCUCUGGACAGUUCAUCCAUCAGGCAGUUGGCAUCAUUGAGGCUGUCCUGGAGAAGUUUGGCACUUAUGAACACUUUGAGGCCGCCACAGGGGGCCAGCUGCUGACCAAGUGCCAAAUUUGGUCCAUUGUACGAAAAUACAUGCAGAAGGAGGGCUGCGUUGGGGAGGUUGUGGUGCAGCUGAGUGAGGACCUGCUGUCCCAGGCAGUGAUGAUGGUGGAGAACAGCCGACCCACCCUGGCCAUCAACUUGACUGGAGCCCGCCAGUAUUGGUUGGAGGGCAUGCUGCGGCAUGAGAUAGGCACUCACUACCUGCGUGGUGUGAAUAAUGCAAGACAACCGUGGCACAGCACUGAAGGCAGAUUGCAGUAUGGGCUUCGGCCAGCCAACCCCACUGAGGAGGGCCUGGCCAGCCUGCAUAGUGUGCUGUUUAGAAAGCAACCCUUCCUGUGGCGGGCGGCCCUGCUCUACUACACCAUUCACCAGGCGGCGCGCAUGUCCUUCCGCCAGCUCUUCCAGGAUCUGGCCCAAUAUGUGCAGGAUGAGGCUGUACGCUGGGAGUACUGCGUCCGUGCCAAGCGAGGACAGACGGAUACUUCCCAGCCAGGCUGCUUCAGCAAGGACCAGGUGUACCUGGAUGGCAUUGUGCGCAUCCUGCGGCACCGUCAGACCAUCGAUUUCCCGCUGCUGACCUCGCUGGGCAAGGUCUCCUAUGAAGAUGUGGACCAACUGAAGCCCCAUGGAAUACUAGAUAAUACCCGAGUGCCCCACUUUAUGAAGGACUUGGGACGCUACCGGCAGCAGCUGGAACACAUCAUGACCACCAACCGACUGGACGAAGCAGAGCUGGGCCGCCUGCUCCCGGACUGAUGUUGGCUAAGGAUUAUAGACAGAAGCUCUUGACAGAGGUCUCAGACCGGAAUAUGAAGCUCUUUAUGGUUCUAUAGCCUAGGUGUUUCUUGGGGGGGGCACUGGGUGACCAGGAGCAUCUUGGGAAGAUGAGAGACAACGUCAGAAGGUUUUUGUCCUUGCUAGUCUUCCUGGGGCCUGUGAACUAGCAGCAGCAUGUCACAUAAACUCCUGAACAGGGGAGACCUGGGGAGAGGAGGGGAACUGAGUGUGAAUAGGAAUGUGGGUUGAUUGGGGAAUAGAAACUUGUUCCUGCAUGAGAUGACUUUUGGUGUCUGGUCCUGGCCUUUCCCUUCCCCCACCUGGCCUAUUGGUGCUUUUCAGCAUUCAUACCUACCAUCUACCUCUCACUGGGUCUAGUGGGAGUUGGGAUCCCCUCUGAGGUGGCUUGCCUGAGCAUAGGGUCCUGGCUUUCACUCGGGCUCAGAGACCCAGCUGGGCUGGAAUCUGCUUUUCAGCAUUUUGCCCCUCUCACUGGUCAUGUGUCAUUCCAUGUAUUUGCCUCCAUGCCUCCAUGCAUUAUUCAUGCCUCCAGCUGGGGCUGGGGGGCAGCAGUUCCUGAAAGUUCAGUGGAGGGACGGGACACUUUGGAAAGGUACCAUUGUUCCCAGUCCUCCUCUUACCACACACAGACACGCUGGACUUCAGGUCUUGAGUCCAGCACCUGGCCCCACCCUCGGUCCCCACACUAGUCUUGGUUGUGCCUGUCUUUGACCACACCCUCACAGCUGGUCUCUGGCAAUGGUUGGUACAGGCUGGAAGCAACCACAAUCAAACCUGCAGGUCAGGCCUAUAGGAUUUGUUAUCUUAAGUUCUGAGCUCGUCUCGGGCCAGGAGAAGUACAGAGCUGGUUAAUGCCUCCAUUUUCACUUCAGAUUCAGCCGUGAGGGAUUGAGCCAGUACUGUUCCUACCCUGGCCUUUUAUUUUCUCCUCUGUGAAGCUUGGAAUCAUAGCUGGGAAGUUCUUAUUCACUGACUUAAUAGAUAUGUACAGAGCUCCUUGUGUAUGUCUGUGACUGCUUAGACCCCCACUGAGCUCCCAGUUCAGGGGAGAACCAGAUAAUUAAACAGCAGUUACAAUGA